CCUCGGUUCAUAGGUCGUUUCAUCCAGGAUCGAUAUUCGGCGCGCGAAAGCUUUUCAGGAAGCUGCAGAGUUUCUGGGACCAGGCUGAUUCCUUUUCAGACACGAUUGUGUGGUUCGCUGCCUUGUGCUCAUUCAAUGUCACAAUUUCAAUGUUUGGGUGUCCCAUUUAGGGGAUCCGGAUGCCUUUUGUUUUCUUCAUUUUUUAGGGGCAAAGUUCCUGGAGUUUUUCGGUGGCCAUCCCACGCAGAAAGUGAAAGGGGACUUGCUUGGUUGCUAACACCCCCUAUUCACCAGGAUAGAAAGAACACGGUUUUUUGGUGUUUUUUGGGGUUUCCCUUUAAAACCUAUGUGUUCGGUUUCCCUUCAAGACCAGGUGCCCGUUUUAACCCCUUCUUUGGUUGGGGUUUUGGGUUCCCCUACUAAAAUAGACUACAGGAAAAACUGGCCUGUGACCAGCGGGUUGGUUUGAGGGGGUCUGCCUUGCGUAAUGUUAACCCCGGAUUAAUAAACCCUCUUGUUGAUUAAUAGGGGGGUCCCCUUGUAGUCACUUUUGGAGGGAACACCCCUUUAAUAAUGGCACGGGUUUAUUAACCCUGGGUCAACAUUAUGUGGCAUGAUUGUGAGUCUGGCACUACCGCUGGACCAGGGCACAAAAAGUUUGUCAUGCCCUCUUAUCCCUUGGUGUAGCUGGUCAAAUGUUGUUGUGAUUUAGGGUCUUCAGUGUUUCCCUCCUAGCCAUCAGCAUGUUGUGGGGGGCUAGGGGCGCAAAGGGCCAGCCGCUCCGGUGGGCUUUGUAAACCACUGAUUCUGUUGAAGCUUUUUGCACCAAAGGCUGAUCAGGGCUCCUUCAAAGAUACACUUUGCAACCAUUUGAAACAUGUUGCUUUUUCCACACCCAAAAAAGUUGGAAACCUCCAUUUACAAGUUGCAAUGUUCAAGUGUAUUCACUGCAUCCUGAUUUUUGCCAAAGGCGAAGGAUGUGCGAUCAGCCCAAAACCCAAAAGCUGAUCGAUCCACAUGCCUAGGGCAUCCCGGAGUGCGCCGGCGAGGGUUGCUCAGUUUGGUUCCGUUGGAAUUUACAAUGCUGGCGCAAACUCAGGCGCAGGCUCACGUGAAACGAGCCGUCCCAGCCGGUGAGUAGUCUUGGGCAUUGACUCUUGGCAUGUCUCAAUUUAGGCCGUUGGAACCCUGUUAUUUCCCCUUGUUUAAGGUCUCAAACCUUUUGGGGAGAUUGUGUUUUGAGUGCAGCCGACAUGUGUGGUCGCAUUGAGUCGUGAGACAACGCAGAUCAUUUCCCUUACAACCUUACAACCCCCUUUUACCACGACCACUACUAUACGACUUACUGUCGAGGGUAUUGGUCACCCCACGGGAGUCGAACCUCAACUACCCUGUCUAUUG